AUGUCUUCCCCCACCGUGGCCUUCUUCGGCGCGACCGGCGGCGUCACCAACGCCAUCCUCGUGCACACCCUCCAGGCAGGGUACAAGGCGAGCGCACUCGUGCGCACGCCUCAGAAGCUGCGCGACCAGCUCAGCGCCCAGGGCCUGUCCGCUGAGGUCAUCGCCAACCUGACCAUCGUGCAGGGCGACGCGCUCGACGUCGCGGCUGUGCGGCGCACGCUCUUGGCGGCGGCGUCUCCCUCAUCACCGAGCGGCCAUCUCCCCUCGGUCGUGGUGACGGGACUGGGCGGCAGCCCCAAACUGCAUUUCGACUGGCGCCACCCGUUCCAGAUCGCGCAGCUCGACAACCCGACGAUCUGUGCGACGGCGGCGCGGACCCUGCUCGCGGCCGUGCACCAGAUUUCUGCCGAGAAGGGAAACGCCACCACUACCGCGAUAGACGCGGCAUCAAAACCGCUCCUGACAUUCAUCUCCACGACGGGCAUCUCGCGCGGACCCGAGGACGUCCCCUCGCCCAUCCGCUUCCUGUACCACCAGAUGCUAGCCCUGCCGCACGCGGACAAGCGCAACAUGGAAGACCUGUUCCGCGCCGACGCCGCGUCCGCGGACCCGGCCUUCCGCGCCCUCGUCGGCGUCAGGCCCACCCUUCUCGCCGGCUGCACAGACUACCGCGACGGUGCAGGUCUGGACAAGAUUCGCAGCGGCACGGAAGCCGAGCCGGCGCUCGGGUAUAUCAUCAAGAGGGUGGAUGUUGGGCGGUGGGUUUAUGAGAAUGUGGUAGAUGAGGCGUUGAGGGGGAACAAGGGGAGGUGGGAAGGCGAGAUGGUCAGUUUGACUAGCUAG